AUCUCGUUGUAGUGCGCUACUGUGUUUCUUUAAACAUUUUGAAAAAACGUUGGUGCCCACCGCUAACGCAAUCUCACUUUAUAUAUAUAGAGCCUUUGCUCCUACAACUAUUCCCCUCCCAUCCGUUUCUUCUUCUUUUGAAAUCCUUACGGAAACCUCAAAUAAGAUGAGACGAAACUGCAACUUGGAGCUUCGUCUCCAUCCUUCUAGUUAUUCCGGCGGCGACCGGGUGGAAGAGAGCAGUGAAAACCCAGAAAAUCAACAGCAACAAUUAACGAUUUUCUACAAUGGAAGAGUUUGUGUUUGUGAUGUUACAGAGAUCCAGGCAAGAGCCAUUCUUAUGAUUGCAAACCGAGAAACGGAUGAACGACUAAGGACUCCGAGGCCGGGAUCGGAACCGGCUUCACCGACGGUACACUCUCAGAUAAAUAGUCCGAAUAAUGGACUUUCCACAAGCAUGAAGAGAUCGCUUCAACGGUUCCUCCAAAAACGAAAGAAUCGAAUCCAAGCUACCUCCCCUUACUAUUAAUAUAUGUACCCUUUGCUAUUUAGUGUAACUGAAGGAAUGGAUCCCAUCUUUUUUGGCUAGCAAUGACUACUAGUAACUAUUUCCAUCAAAGGAAA